UGUGGCAUUGCGGGGUGUAGUAGGGCACGCAUGGCGCCGAGCAAGACCACUGGAGCUGCAACCAUGAUUUAGGGGCCACCCUAAUCCAAGGAAAACUGUGAGGUAAUAAAAACAUAUGGACUAGGUCAGUAACAAGACUUUCUGGAACAUGGAAACAUACAGAUGGAGAGAGAGAGGAGAGAGGAGAGGAGCUCAGUGGGUCAGAGGAAGUCCUCCGGCAGUCUAGAACUAGAACAGCAUAACUAAGAGCUGGUCCAAGGCAGACCUGAUCCAGCUCUAUAAGGGCCGGUAGAUGAGUCUGACGACUAUGAAGAGAAGCAGAGUAGAGGAGGGGUGCCGUGUCUCGAGCUAUACACCCUCCCCCUAGUCUAUACAUAAAUAGUAUAGUCUAUACAUAAAUACAUCCAUACCUAAAUAAACAGACAGACAGCGCUGAAGGCAAACUUCUCCUGUGUGCAAGGGAGGGAAACACAACUGACUUCCUGUUUUAACAUGUUUUGCCCUUUCUGCUGUUUUCAGCUGCACUCAGAGACAAAAUGGCUUCCAUGUCAGAGGAGGAUCUCUGCUGUUCGGUCUGUCAUGAAGUCUUUAGAGAUCCUGUUGUUCUGUCAUGUAGCCACAGCUUCUGUAGAGACUGUCUGAAGAGCUGGUGGACAGAGAAACCAACACGGGAGUGUCCAGUUUGUAAGAGAAGAUCUUCAAAGGAAGAACCACCUUGUAACCUGGUAUUAAAGAAGCUGUGUGAGAGUUUCUUACAGCAGAGAGAUCAGAGAGCUUCAGAGGCUCUCUGCAGUCUGCACUCUGAGAAACUCAAACUCUUCUGUCUGGACCAUCAGCAGCCAGUGUGUCACAUCUGCAGAGAUUCAGAAAAACACUCCAACCACAGAAUCAGACCCAUCGAUGAAGCUGCACGACAACACAAGAAGAAACUCCAGGAAACUCUGAAACCUUUAAAGAAGAAGUUAAAGGUUUUUGAACAAGUUAAAGUGAAGUUUGAUCAAACAGCAGAACACCUGAAGGUCCAGGACCGACGCACAGAGAUGCAGAUUAAGGAUCAGUUUAAGAAGCUUCACCAGUUUCUAGAAGAGGAAGAGGAGGCCAGGAUGGCUGCACUGAGGGAGGAAGAGGAGCAGAAGAGUCAGAGGAUGAAGGAGAAGAUGGAGGCUCUGAGCAGAGAGAUGGCAGCUCUUUCAGACACAGUCAGAGCCACAGAGGAGCAGCUGAGAGCUGAAGACGUCUCAUUCCUGAUCAACUACAAGGCUGCAGUGGAAAGAGUCCAGCAGAGCCCCCUGCUGGAGGAUCCACAGCUGCUCUCAGGAGCUCUGAUAGACGAGGCCAAACACCUGGGCAACCUGAGCUUCAACAUCUGGAACAAGAUGAAGGACAUGGUCUCCUACACUCCUCUGGUUCUGGACCCAAACACUGCUCAUCCAGAACUCAUCCUGUCUGAAGAUCUGACCAGUGGGAGAGUAGUAGGAGAGGAACAGCAGCUUCCUGAUAAUCCAGAGAGUUGUGAUUAUCUCUUCUCUGUCCUGGGCUCUGAGGGCUUUAACUCAGGGACUCACAGCUGGGAUGUCGAGGUUGGAGACAGUACAGGCUGGUUUCUGGGUGUGUUAGCAGAGUCUGUCCAGAGGAAGGGAGACAUAGAGUCUGGAUUUUGGGGAAUAUAUUUCUCUGGAAGUGAAUACUCAGCGUUGUCUCCACCAGCUCCAUCCACUGAUCUCCGGUUUAAGAAGCAGUUCCAGAGGAUCAGAGUGACUCUGGACUGGAACAGAGGAAAUCUGUCGUUCUCUGAUCCUGAUACUAACACACACAUACACACCUUCACAAACACUUUCACUGAGAAGAUGUUUCCAUACUUUUACACUGUUGGUAAUCUGAAGAUAUCACCACUGAAGGUCUGUGUGACUAAACAACAGGUCUGAUAGAGUCUGCAGUUUUAGGGUGGUGAUAAUAAUAGUA